AUGGCUUCCUUGUUCGCUAAUCCAUUCCCCAACAAACAACCAUUGUUGAUCCUGUUAACAUUCUAUAUAUGUCUAACUUUGUAUCUCUCAAACACUGUGUCUUCUGUUGCUGCAACAAACAAUAUUGAGAAAACAUCAGAAGAGACAGAAGCAGCAGAGGCUCUUAUAAAAUGGAAACUCAGCUUUGACAACCAAAGCAAUGCAAUGGCUUCAUGGGUUGCGGGAGAAACAAGUCCUUGCAAUUGGUUUGGAGUUGCUUGUGAUGAAUCCAGAAGAGUCACCCAUCUUAACCUUUCGCGUUCUGCUUUGAAUGGUACGCUUCGAAAUCUUAGUUUCUUGUCCUUUCUUAACCUCAUUAGUAUUGAUUUGUCAAACAAUGUCAACCUUUACGGAGAUAUUCCACUGGACCUUUACAAGCUCUUCAAACUCACAUAUCUUGAUUUGGGCGGUAAUCGUUUCUCUGGAUUUCUUUCUCCAACCAUUGCAAAUCUUUCCAAUCUGUCUUUUCUUCGGUUAUCUGCUAAUCAGCUCUCUGGAACAAUUCCAAAAGAGAUUGGAUUAUUGACAGGUCUUCAUGAUUUUAAGAUUGCUAUCAAUCAUUUCAAUGGUUCCAUACCUCAAGAAAUUGGAAUGAUGAAGUCUCUUAGAAACCUUGGUUUAGAUACUAACGACCUCACAGGUCUGAUUUCUGCUUCUAUAGGUAACUUGACCAAUUUAGCAGAGAUUUACCUUUUUGGUAAUAAUCUUUCUGGACAUAUUCCUCCAGAGAUUGGAAACAUGGUCAACUUGAGAAUUCUUCUCCUUUAUGGCAACCAACUUUCUGGACGUAUUCCACAAGAAAUUGGAAAUUUGGGAAAGUUAACCAAUCUUCAACUUUCUAGAAACCAACUUUCUGGUAAUAUUCCUAGAGCUGUGGGAAAUUUGAGUAACUUAGAAGAACUUGAUCUUGGUGCCAAUAAUCUAUCCGGUUCAAUUCCUUCUUCUCUAGGAAACUUGACCUAUAUUGAUGCUAUCUACCUUUAUGGCAAUAUCCUUCAUGGACAUAUUCCGACAGAAAUUGGAAACUUGGGAAGGUUAAGCAUUCUUCAGCUCUCGGGGAACCAACUUACAGGAAAUAUUCCUAGAGAAAUUGGAAACUUGGGAAGGUUAAGCGAUCUCCAUCUUUCUGAGAACCAACUCUCGGGAAAUAUUCCUAGAGAAAUUGGAAAACUGAGCAACUUAGACGUUCUUAGCUUUGGAACGAACAAUUUCUCCGGUGCACUUCCUAGUUCCCUAGGAAAUUUAACAAAACUCAAUAGCCUAUUUUUGACCUCAAACGAACUUAGUGGUUCUCUUCCUCUGGAAAUGAAUAACCUCACUAACCUAAAAGAUUUGCAAUUGGCUCUUAAUAACUUCAUUGGCCAUUUGCCUCAACAAAUAUGUGGUGGUAGAUCACUUGAGCGUUUUAUCUGCUAUGGAAACCAUUUCACAGGCACUAUCCCAAAAAGCUUGAGAAAUUGCAGCAGCCUUAUUAGAUUAAGGAUUGAUGGAAACCAACUCACAGGAAAUAUAGCAGAAGCUUUUGGAAUUUACCCAAACGUAAGCUACAUUGAUUUAAGCGUUAAUAAAUUCCACGGUGAGCUUUCACCAAAUUGGGGGCAGUGCCACAAUUUGACGAGCCUGAACAUCUCGGACAACGAACUUUCAGGCUCCAUACCACCUGCACUUGGACAAGCAAUUCAGCUGCAAGUGCUAGACCUUUCCAAAAAUAAUCUCUCAGGAAAGAUUCCAGAGCAACUGGGAAGCUUGAAGUCGCUGCUCGAACUAAUGCUAGGUGGUAAUCAAUUGUAUGGAGAGAUUCCUUACAGACUUGGAAAGUUAGCUGAUCUAGAGAAUUUAGACCUGGUAGGAAACAAUCUCAAUGGCACAAUUCCGAAAGAACUCAAAGGAUGCUUCAAGUUGUUAUUUUUGAAUUUGGCAAACAAUAAGUUUGAGGGAACUGUUCCAAUUGAGAUAGCAAGUAUAUACUAUCUUCAAAACCUUGAUCUUAGUUCAAAUUCGCUGACCGCAGAGAUACCACCGCUGCUUGGACAAAUGAAAAGGUUAGAAACUCUAAAUCUCUCUCACAAUUCUCUUUCUUGUUCCAUUCCAUCCGCUUUUGAUGAUACAUCGAGCUUGAUAUGGGUGGAUAUGUCCUACAACCAGUUGGAGGGUCGUAUUCCUAAUUCCAAAGCCUUCCGAGAGGCCCCAAUUGAAGCAUUCAAAAAUAACAAAGGCUUAUGUGGUAAUGCUACGGGUAUGAAGCAUUGCCCAAUUACCUCCCAAAAUCCACAAUCUAAUCAAGGCAACAAAAACAGGGAGGAAGAAAGAAAACUUGCCCACUCUUGA